AUGUUCGCCGAUGAUAUUAAGGUAUUUAGCUCGGUGUCAUUGGCUUCUGACUUUGAGCGCCUCCAACUUUCUCUCACUAACAUCGACGCCUGGUGCAAGGAAAACUUCAUGGAGCUCAACGUCUUGAAAUGUGUCGUCAUCUCCUACAAACGUGGUGCAGCCCCAGUCCAAUAUGACUACGUCCUCAAUGGUUCUACACUGAAGAGAGUGGACAGGGUACGAGAUCUCGGAGUGACAAUGACCCCUUCGCUCAACCCUCACGAGCACAUUGCCCACAUUACAACCAAAGCUAGCUCCCUGCUUGGUUUCAUAUUCAGAUCAACAAGGAAUUUCAACUCACCCUUCACCUUGAUCACGCUCUACAAGUCCCUGGUACGCCCGCUGCUGGAGUAUGGGUCAAUCAUCUGGUCUCCCUUCCAGAAGAACCACGUCAGCCAACUGGAGAGCAUACAAACCCGCUUCAUACGGAUGCUUGGACCGAGACUUGGUUUUACCUACCGCACUACCCCGGUUGACGAUGUGGAGAAGUCCUUCGAUCUUCUGCCUUUGUCACUCCGACGUCAUCAUGCCGACAUAUUCAUGCUCUACAAGCUGGUUAACGGGUUUGUCGAUUGCCCCAACAUCCUGAGUGGUAUCGACAUUACCACGCCCAGAGGCACCCGCUCCAGGACUAUAUUCAGCAGACGCUUUCUCCCAGCCUACUACUCUUACAACAGCGGAAUUAGCCGUCUACUCAAGGCUGGUAGCACGGCGGCUGCUCAACUGGAUUUCUUCGGUGAGAAGCCCCUCCGGUUCAAAAAGAAGGUCUCCCUGAUCACUUGA